AUGGUACAAGCAACUCUUGGCGACUCUGGUGUGUUGGUAGACAAUCCUAACAACAACCCAGAUGAUGGAGUGGACAAUGAAAUGUCCUCUUCAGGAGUUUUGGUGGAAGAGCCCUCUCCCACGAGCAAACGGCGUAUUGUCAAGGCUUCCACUCCUACUGCUACCUCCAACGACACACAAGAAGAAGAUGAUGAAGAUGAUCUAGUUACGGGAGAUCAAUCCGAUCCAGUCACGAUUAUAUCCUCCUUCAACGAUGAAGAAUUGUUGCAAGAUUCCAUUGAACAUUCUCGUCAGAAGCGAAUGCAACAAUUGGCGGCCGAUCAGCGAUCCAAACGAUCUUCCAAGCAAGCUAAGGGACGAUUGUCAAAGUCAAGUAACAAAACCCAAGCCAAUCCCUUUUCACGAUUCCUCACGGCCUUUUCGGUCGAUACCAAAUAUCCACAUCACAAGAGAUCCUACGACGAAUCAUCGGACAACGACGAUGAAGAGGAAAAAAAACCAUCCAAACAUGCUCGAUACGAUGACGAUGCGGAUGAUAGUGACGACGAUGAAUCAUCUUCGGACACCACCAGUCCUACCAUGACGCUGCUUUCCGAUAUUGCCGAAACGCUCAUGGAUAAUAUCGCGUUCAUGGCAGUCGGUGCUGCGGUGGCUUCUUUGGCGUUCAUGACUCUUGUUCGUAAAAAGGCUUAA